AUCGCGCAGCCGAUAUCAUGCGCAGAAGGACUUGCAAUGGCGGAAGAUGUAAAAGAAGAUGUGGUUGAAAUUCCUACAAAGAGACGAAAACUUGAUACCGAAAAGAGCGAUUAUGAUGUUCAACAAGAAUAUAAUUCUAACAACAAUUCUGCCACAGACAAAUUGGCUUCAAAUGAAGAUAUGCCGUCCACAUCCAGUGACAGCGGAUCCCACCAAGAAAACAGACAAGUGGGGUUGCAGGACGAUGACUCGGACAGUAACAUAAGUGAUAUAUCAGGCCUAAGUGAGACGGCUUGGAAAUCAUCCCCAGGUACUAUGGCAUGGAUACAUCGUCAAAUGAUGCUUGGUCAGAAUCCAAGAGUUAUUUUACGAGAUCUUAUUUCCAAAGAUGUUGAAAUUGACCAUAUGGAUGACAUCUCACUGUGGGAGAUUAUAAUACAUAUUAUGUCUGAGCCACCCAAGAGAAAUCGUCUGGAGGAGUACCAUACACUGGACCAUGCCAUAAACCUCAUAAAGUCUUGUCAGAAGAUAGUAGUUCUCACUGGAGCAGGGGUGUCUGUAUCCUGCGGUAUUCCAGAUUUCAGGUCUCGAGAUGGCAUCUAUGCAAGAUUAGCUGUGGAUUUUCCAAACCUACCUGAUCCUCAAGCCAUGUUUGAUAUCAACUUCUUUAUUAAUGACCAGAGACCAUUCUUCAAAUUUGCAAAGGAAAUAUACCCAGGUCAGUUUGAGCCAUCUAGAUCACACAAGUUUAUUCGGUUACUGGAGACAAAUGGAAAAUUACUUCGAAACUACACGCAGAAUAUCGAUACACUGGAACAGGUUGCUGGGAUCCAGAGGGUGAUACAAUGCCACGGCUCAUUUGCAACAGCAACAUGUAUGGCUUGUAAGCACAAGGUUGAGGCAGAUGAUGUCAGGGAGGAUAUAUUUAACCAGGUGAUACCAAGGUGUACUGUGUGUCCAGAAGGAACUAAACUUGCAAUAAUGAAGCCAGACAUUGUGUUUUUUGGGGAAAGUUUACCAGAGGAGUUUCAUCAGCAAAUGGCAGAAGACAAACAAGAUUGUGACCUUCUUAUUGUGAUUGGAUCUUCUCUCAAAGUUCGACCUGUUGCUCUCAUUCCCAACUCUCUACCUCAGAAAGUUCCUCAGAUCCUCAUAAACAGAGAGCCAUUAAUGCAUUUGAACUUUGAUAUUGAGCUGUUGGGUGAUUGUGAUGUCAUCAUUAGUGAGCUUUGUAGACGAUUGGCAGAAGGGUUUCAGGUUCUGACGGACUCUUCUACUACCUUGACAGAGAUCACUAGAGAUCAAUUACGCACCCCUGCAAUCCCUUCCUCACCAAAAUACAUGUAUGCCAGAGAAACUACAGCAGAGGACAAAAUGAACAAGCAUAGUGAAGAUUGUAUUGAAGCACAACAAAUGAAAUGUGACAAACAGGAAAAAAAUGAUACAGAAAAACCAAGUGCAUCUUCAGAAGUUAAGAGCAAGUUAGAAAACUCAGAUAAUGCAGAUAGUGUGAAACCUGAAAUAUCUACAUGUAAAGACGGUCAAGAUGAUAUGUCAGCAAUAUCGUCAUCAAAGUGCCUUGAAUCAAAUACAAACGAAUCUACAUCAGAAAGUCAAACAGACAAAGCUGAUGAAGCAGUGCCUUGUGAUUCUGCAACAGAUGAUAUGAGGGCCAUGUGGCAGCCAAAGAAAGUCAGUCUUGCCAAGUACUUAGAAGAUGGUGAGUAUUUGUACCUACCUCCAAACAGAUAUGCAUUCCCCGGGGCAGAGAUCUACUCUGAAGGGGAGAGUGAGGAUGAGGAAUAUUUCUGCUUUGACAACAGUAUGUCAAGUAGUUCUAGCUCCUCUUCCCUCAUCAGUCAAGACAAUUUUGAACAAACCGAGGAAGAGAAUGACAGUCCAGAGAAACAGCCAGAUUCAGAGAACAGAGUGGAGGAGGACAUUCAUGAGGUGGCAGGAGAGGACAGAAUCUCAAUUUCUGACAAUCAUGAAAAACUAGUUUCUCAGACAUUAGAGAUUCAGACAGACAAAGCAAUUUCUUGUGAGCCAGACAGUAGGCAGGAGGAGGAUAGCCAAGUCUGUGACAGUAGACAGGAGGAGGAUAGCCAAGUCUGUGACAGUAGACAGGAGGAGGAUAGCCAAGUCUGUGCAGAAAAAGCAGGCAAUUGCAGUAACCAAGGCACACAGUCAAAGGAUGGAGAUGUCCCAUUACCAGACUCCUCUAAUAGCAGCAUAUAAUUUGUCCAUUACACUUGGUGUCUGUUAAUUCUUGAGACAUUCUGAUCAAGAUUUACUUUUAUAGAGCUAUUUGUUUUGAUAUAGAAAUAAACAUUAUAAAGUAGA